AGCAGGAAGAGCAGGAGAAGGAGAAGGAGCAGGAGGGGGCGAUGCUGCUGGUGGUGGCGGCGAGUCUGAAGAGGCAUGGAUGUUACAUGAAUCGCUGGAAGGGCUGCAGACGACUAUGAAUUUGGCAGAAGCUCUCUGCUCGGCCAACUAGAUCAAGAUGGAUGAAUCUGCCUUGUUGGAUCUGCUGGAGUGUCCCGUGUGCUUAGAGCGUCUCGAUGCUUCGGCAAAAGUCUUACCUUGUCAGCACACGUUUUGCAAACGCUGUCUCCUGGGCAUCGUGGGUUCUCGCAACGAACUUCGGUGCCCAGAGUGCAGGACCCUGGUGGGCUGCGGAGUGGACGAGCUUCCCAGUAACAUCCUCCUAGUGCGGUUACUGGACGGGAUCAAGCAGAGGCCUCGGAAGUCUGGCACCGGCGGCGGUAGCGCUGGGACUAAUUGCACAAGUGCGUUGAGAGUCCAGAGCGGCCCGGGGGCUAACUGUAGCGCUAAAGAACCUCAGAUCUCUCAAGGUGGACCGCAGCAGAGAGUGCAAGCCCGGAGUCCCCCGGUCAGGUACUUAAGAAGGGUAUCUGAGUAUUCCUUUCAAAUAAAGGCUUUGGUUCAAUGA